CCUCAGUCAGAACAUAUCUCCCAUAUCUGUCGACUAGGCCAUAUCUGCCUUGCACACGGUUGACAAUGAUUCGCAGCAAAUCACUCGUCGCCGUACAUGACAAAGAGAAUAUCCCUCAGUCGAAAGCUGGCAGACUAAGCUGUAAUUCACCAGCGGCCUUGGACCGACUGGUAAAGCCUUUCAAGUGCCCUGGAUCUGCCAACGCUCGCAAAUACAGUGGCGAGCCUACACGAAAGCGGCGGAAAGUCAACUACGCUGAAGCGAUUGGUGGAAAUGACGAUGAUAGGAGCGGUGGCUUCAGCAUAGACGGGGAAAGUAUCGCACUGAAAGAUCGAUUUCCCGUCUUCAAGGUCAAGGACACGGACACUACGUUCCGCACCCGCUUCGCCAUCCCGCUGAUUAACAAGAAUGCAUUCGACCCGUCAAGGCCUGCACCCACCCUGGGAAUGCGGCGCGGCAAUACUUUCGUUAACAAACCCCUCCAUGAUCCGAGUGGUGAGUUUGCAAUCGUGCUCUACGAUCCUACGAUAGACGAGAAACCCGCAGACAAGCAGGAGGCAAAGACAGAGGAAGAGAAGCCUAAAUUGGAUACACCGUUGAUGCAUAAGAGUCUCGCCGAAAUACUUGGAAUCAAGAAACAAGUCGAGGGUGAAAGACCGAAAGUUCCAGUCGUGAUUGAUCCACGGUUAGCCAAAGUCCUACGACCCCACCAGGUCGAAGGGGUCAAGUUCCUCUACCGAUGUACAACUGGUAUGAUUGACGAGAACGCCAAGGGCUGCAUUAUGGCUGAUGAAAUGGGCCUGGGGAAAACACUGCAAUGCAUAACGUUAAUGUGGACGUUGUUGAAACAGUGUCCUGAGGCUGGAAAAACAACAAUUCAGAAAUGCGUUAUUGCUUGCCCUGCAAGUCUGGUCAAGAAUUGGGCAAAUGAACUGGUCAAAUGGCUGGGUGAAGGUGCAAUUAAUCCAUUUGCCAUUGACGGCAAGGCCACAAAAGAGGAACUUACCCUUCAACUGAAACAAUGGGCAAUAGCUUCAGGAAGAGCUGUAGCGAGACCUGUCUUGAUCGUUUCAUACGAGUCCUUGCGACUAAACAUUGAAGAGCUCAAAGACGUCAAGAUUGGCCUUAUGCUUUGCGAUGAAGGCCACCGCUUGAAAAACGCCGAAAGCGAAACUUACUUGGCACUGACCGGGCUCAACGUCGAUCGUCGAGUCAUUCUGUCUGGAACGCCCAUUCAAAACGACUUGACUGAGUAUUUUUCCUUGCUAGAUUUUGCCAACCCUGGAUACCUAGGCACCAAAGCGGACUUCCGCAAGAAAUACGAGUUACCAAUCCUUCGUGGCCGUGACGCUGCUGGUUCUGAUACCGAUAAACAGAAAGGAGAAACAGCAAAUGCUGAACUGGGAUCGCUCGUCAACAAAUUCAUCAUCCGGAGGACAAACGACAUCCUGUCUAAAUACUUGCCUGUCAAGUAUGAACAUGUCGUCUUUUGCAAUCUUGCGCCUUUCCAGAAGGACCUUUACAAUCACUUCAUACAGAGUCCUGAUAUCAAGAGUCUUCUUCGAGGGAAAGGCAGCCAACCUCUAAAGGCCAUAGGCAUUUUGAAAAAGUUGUGCAAUCAUCCAGAUUUAUUGGACCUGGAGAAGGAUUUGCCUGGCAGUGAAAAGUUCUGGCCACAUGAUUACGUGCCCAAAGAAGCUCGUGGUCGAGAUAGGGAUGUCAAAUCGUGGUAUUCAGGAAAAUUCGCUGUUCUUGAACGCAUGCUUGCACGCAUUCGACAAGACACGAACGACAAGAUAGUCCUCAUCAGUAACUAUACCCAAACGUUGGAUGUGUUCGAGAAGCUGUGUCGCGCACGCAGCUAUGGCUGCCUUCGACUUGACGGCACCAUGAAUGUCAACAAACGCCAGAAGCUCGUGGACAAAUUCAAUGAUCCUAAUGGAGAGGAAUUUGUCUUUUUGUUGAGCAGUAAAGCUGGUGGGUGUGGAAUUAAUUUGAUUGGAGCAAAUCGUCUCGUACUCUUUGAUCCAGACUGGAAUCCCGCUGCCGAUCAGCAAGCUCUAGCUCGCGUUUGGCGAGACGGCCAGAAGAAAGACUGCUUCGUAUAUCGAUUCAUGGGUACCGGGACCAUCGAGGAGAAGAUCUUUCAGCGUCAGUCUCACAAGCAGGCACUGUCCUCGACGGUGGUCGACUCAGCGGAGGAUGUUGAACGACAUUUCACACUUGACUCUUUGAGAGAGCUUUUCCAGUACCAACCCGAUACGAGAAGUGAUACUCAUGACACAUUCAAGUGCAAACGAUGCAAGCCAGAUGGAGUGCAACAAAUCAAGGCUCCAGCUAUGUUAUAUGGAGAUACGAGUUCUUGGAACCAUUUUGUCAACAAUGGUGAACAGGGUCCGAUGGGCAAGAUACAAGACUUGCUACUUCGGCAAGAAACCUCAGAAGACGCCGUCAGUGCAGUGUUCCAGUAUAUUAGCCACUAGCUUGACCAGCAGAGGUCGAAGUCUGGCCCGCAGAGUCAAUAGAAUACUUUUGAGUCUUGUUUUAACAGAUGGAGGCCUUGGAU